CAGUGUCACCAAGGAGACGGUGGUUUACCGGAGUGGAUCUCUUUCCAGUCACUUGUAUAGCUGGGAUGGCGUUAUCCCCUGUUAGUGAAGAAAGUCCAAAUUACAAAGAAGAACUGGACGACCAUGACUCUUUGAGCGAUGCACCAAGCUAUUCUGGCAAUUCAUUUGAGGCCUAUGAAUCAAAUGGAAGAUGUAAAAGUGAUGCCUAUGACUCCAUUACAGAUGAGCAAGCUGAGAAGUAUCAAAGUGAUUCAUUUGAAUCUUUUGCGAGUGAAUCCAGUCGUCAGCAAGAAAGCGAUUCCUUCAAUUCCAUUACUAAAGACUCUAGUAGAAACUACGAAAGUGAUUCUUUUGAAUCGCUCACCUCUGAAUCGGAUCAGAUUUAUUCUUUUGAGAGCUCAUAUAUGGAAUCUGCCUCAGUGGAAGAUGAUUCUAAGACGAAUUAUCAAGGAAAAGUCCUGAUUGAGAAAUGGAUAAAGUCUCUGGUUGAUGGGAAUCUCCGGUCAAAUAAUUCAUUUCAGGAUCAUCUUAAAACUGUUGCUCACAAAGAGUCUUCAGGGAGUGGGAGUAAAGCGCUGCAGGCUUAUUGCUCCUUAAAGAUAGAACAUCUACACCAGCCAUCAAAAUGUCACAGGCAAGAGAAGGACAGACCGCUAAUGCAUCCUAGCAAAGCAAUAAGCAUACAUCAGUCAUGUCCUGUCCCCCAUGAACUAAUGAACAGACUUAAAUUACAGCGUAUCAAGGAAGCCGUAAACCAGGUAAUUAAGACUGAGAUGCACGACCCUGCCACUUGCCCAGACUGCUGCAGUAAACAGGCAGAACUGGCUCAGGGUCAGUUUGUUAGGAUGAAGAAGACGAAAUUGGAAGCUAAUUUGCUGAAUAAGAAAAUUGAGGAAUACAUGUAUAGCAAGGAUAUGGUUACCUGUAUUGGAGAAAUCCUACAGUCCCUGCCCAAACCUUCUGUGGAACUAAAUGUUAUUUGACAAAGACUGUAUACCAUGUCUCGAAAAUGUAACCUUUUGUUUCUGCAAAGUAUAUUCUUAAAGCUUCAUACUUAUACAUGAAGAAAGGACUGUGUGCAGAGAAGAUCUGAACAUUUUCUACAGAGUUGAUGCUUUCACAAUGCUUAACCAACACUUCAUACAAACUAUUUCUUAUUACUGUGAGGAGAAACGGGAGACAUGGGACACCUGUACUAGCAAUCAAUAGGGUUCUGGCAAUGGGCCUUUGGUGAUCAACUAUUAUCCUGUGGAUAAAUUUAUGUUUAUUGGAAGAUGGGUGCAGUACUGUAUUAAAAAUGCAUGCAGGUUUAGUAACACAGUACCGCAAACAGCUGAUUUAACACAUUUAUUACAAACACAAUUCACCUGAAACUUUACAGAACCAAGAGAGAGACUUAGGGGGAGAUUUAUCAAUAUGUGUCUGUGUGCAGCCACUUCACAGCCUUUUUUUAUUUUUUUAUUUUUUUUUUGCUUAUGUGCGCCAAAUUUAUCAUAAGGGUGCACAGACUUUGAAGGAUCUUAUUUUUUAAGGAAAGGCAGAGUUGGUAUGAAUUUGCAUUUUUUCGAACGUUUAUGCAUUAUUUUUGUGCCUUUUUAAAAAAGACGCAAUUAAUAAAUUUCAUCCACUGCAUAGUCAAGCACUGCAUUUCACACUUUUGCACAAUCAAUUUCAGUGAAUAAAAUUUCAGGAAGGCAAUAAAAAAAUCUCCCCCCUUAGAAUCUGCUCCUGGUGUGGCGGGGAUUCAAAAAAGUUAAAAAUAAGUAAAAGCAGCAUCUGUUUCUUUAGAAUAACCAAUUUAUUAUGAUUCAGACCUGAUUUUGGCUUCAAACCUGCAUCACAAAGUACCUUGCACAAUUGGUAAUUAUUAAAGCAAGAAGAUUGAGACCUAGUACAUAGUAAAAUUAACAUCGAGUUUAAGCUCAAAUAAACUAAAGGUUCUUUGCCAGUCACUGGAUGUCCACUUAAGUUAAUCUCCAACACUGUUCAUGCACGUUAAGGCUCACACAGCUUUUUUUUGCCAUUUUUGUACCCCCCCCCCCCAAAAAAAAAAAACAUUUACUCAUUAUAAAAAAAAAAUAUUUUAUACAAAUUGCAGAUUGCCAUUUUACAGCCAAUUGUAUUAUUUUGCCCCCUUUUUUUUUUAACUAAAAUUGGCCAAAAAUAAAGAACAUCCUAAUUAAUUUAUUAGGCGUUAAAAUAAAAGCAGAUUUUUCCCUUCAUGUGUGUACGAAUAGCCAAUUUUCCAUUGACAACAAUGAAUUUGAAGAAAACCUGCCAAAUUUUGCCCAUUUUUUAUUUUUCCGUAAAAGCACAGUUUCUGGACUUUCAUUUAUACAAUGCUAAUGUUAUGUCUGGACCUGAAUUGAACUGAAUACAUUUCCUACCCCCCCAUGGGAUUAUUUAAGUAUGGAAUGCAAUCUUUUUUUAACUACUGUAAUUUAUUAUCUACUUUUUCUGGCAUUUUUUCUAUGGAUAACAUUUUCUUAUCCAUAGAAAAACAUUUAGACCGGCAUUUAUCAUUAUUAUAGGUGUAAUUGAAGCAUUUUUCUACACCUUUUUUUUUUUUUUUGCGUGCUGUAAUGUGUAGGAACACCAAAUUUAUUAAAUGGUCACAGAGCAUUUGAUAAAUGUUGUGAAGGCCACAUUUUCAGAAAUUUCACUCUUCACAUACACCAGAAAGCUAAGCUAAGACUGGGCUGGUGUAGUUUUACAGACUUUUCAGUGGCUUUGCACCUUUUUUGUGCUUUUUUACAAAAAGGCGCCAUUCAUAAAACCCUAUGGGGAGAUUUAUCAUCGUUGCUUUGGUAAGCAAGUUCUGUAGGCAUUUUUUAUAUAUUUUUUUGCUUUAGUUUUGCUUAUGUAUGGCACAUUUAUCAUACUAUUACAGGGGGGUUGAUAAAUUUGGCUUACAUAAGCAAAAACCAAUAAAUCACUUUUGAAUACCAUUUUUUUUAGCACACAUAAGCAAAAAACAAUAAAUGACUUCAGAACACAAAUUUGCAGCUUUGAAAAAAAUGUGAUAUAUAUAUGUGUGUUUAUAAAAAUUUUUUUUACCACUUUUCUUCCCCUAAAUGUACUAACUCAUUUUUUUUGUU